UUCCAACUCUGCAGUCGGUCAACUCCGCGGUUCGGGCGUGUUCGAAUUUCCGUUCUGUAACUCUUUAGCGCCUCUUCCUGUUGAAAUCGUAAACGUUUUCCGGCUUAUCGCGAGUAAGAUUCGGUUUCAAUUAUUCUAUUUCUUCGGAUUUAUCGAUUUGGUUACGCUUUUGGGUGAAUUUUUGUUAUGCGACUAGUGCGAUCAAUGACGUCCGACCACAACAAAAAGAGACGCCGUGGUGCAUCCGAACAACAGUCGGCGGCAACGGCGUCUUCAUCUGAAGAAUUGUGGUGGACUGAAGCUGCUGUUAAUGAAGUGACUGCAGAACAUCCCGGUGAGCUUGUCCGCACUGGCUGCCCUUAUAUGCUUUGUAGUGCGCUACCGACGCAUUGGCGUUCGAACAAAACACUACCCGGUGCUUUUAAAGUAGUAAUUCUAUCCGAAGUACCAGAUGGUACAGCCGUCACGCUCAAGGCCGGCAAUGAUGAAAACUGUUCAGCAGAACUCAGAAACUGUUCGGCACUUGUUAAAAAUCAGAUAGCAAAAUUCAACGACCUCAGGUUCGUUGGUCGAAGCGGACGUGGAAAAAGUUUCACAAUUACCAUUACAGUGGCAACAUGCCCCCCUCAAGUAGCCACUUACAAUAAAGCAAUCAAAGUUACCGUAGACGGUCCCCGUGAACCAAGGUCCAAAUCCCUGCAUCUAGGUCAACCCCAUCAAUUCCGUGCCCUAGGCCUUGGUCAGAGGCCAUUCAUGGAAAAUGCUGCGUUUUCCAACCAUCUUCGAGAAUUGGAUACAUACCGACGAGUAAAAUCCGAAGAUUCUUCUACUUUAGAUCAAUCGUACCGGUCAACAAAUAAUAAUCAAGAGGAUCAUACGAAUAUGACAGUCAAUGGUAAUGAAUCCAACACUUGGUGUGGAUAUUCUGCAUCUUCAUAUUCACCGAAUGCCGCACCAUUAGCUAGUGGAUAUGCUGCAUAUCCUGACACUGCAAAUGCAGCUGUUUUGCCAGAAUCUGCGACAAAUCACAUGGAAACUCCGGUACCUAUGUACGGGUCAGAAAAUCAACAUAGUCAGCCAAUCGAAUUUUGUUCUACCCAUCCUCAUCAGCACCAAGAAUUGAAACCAAUAAGUGGUGUCCACCAGGAUAUGGACUCUGCUGGAUAUUAUUCGUCAUGGUCGUCUUCCUCUGAAAACCACCAUCCUGCUUAUCAUCAUCAUCAUCACUAUCCUCCUUAUCAGUACAACGCUGCGAUCCCUUCGGAACCUCCUCCCCCUACUAUGGUUUUAUACCCUCAUUUGUAUUCGACCGUCAACCAAAAUCAAAUACACCUACAUCUACAUCCACCAGCUGAGCAUAAAGAUGCUACAAUCAACGGCGGUGUUGAACAGUAUACUGACGAUGUGACUGUUCUUGGUAAUUCACCCCAGCUUACUAUCAGUUCAAACAGACCCUCUGGUAUCGAAAUUGGGAUACUUCCUCCUCCAACAGUACCAAUUGAUGAUCAGAGUGAUGUUAUAUCAAUAGGAAGAUACAAUGAUAGACAGCAAACUGAUUUGACAGUUUGGAGGCCCUAUUGAAUAUUUAUAAAUAAACGAAUUCAGGCCACAGGGUAUUAACAUGUAGUGUAAACUCUAGCAUAUAAAUAAAUUUGUAAAAUGUAGCAUUCAAAAACUGAAAAAAAUGUAUGUGUAAUGAACUAUUUUAUUUGGUCUCAUUUCAUUAAAUCUCAUUUUACAAACCAGAUUUCUCAUUGAUUAUAGAUGUUAUUUCUAAUAACUUAAAAGUUAUAUAUAGCAUUAUUCAUACAUGAAACAUUGUGUAAUGGAACCUGAAAUCAAAAUGUAAUAGUAUUAGUUUAUUUCUGUAAAUAUGUAGAGAAUAUUUAAAAAAAUAUGUAUUUAAAUUGUGAUAUAUAUAUAUUAGGUUAUUAUUAUAAUUAUGUACAUGAUUAUAAUGUAAAUAAAUAAAAUAUUUUCAAUUAUGAA